UCUCUAAAAUGGUUAAGCAUUCAACGACUCCCCUUCCCAAUAUCUCCUCUCUCUCUCUCUCUUAGGUUUCCGUUCUUCCCUCUUCCCCGCCCCUUCAAUCUUUCAAACCUCUCCCUCCCUCUUUCCCUCCCUCUCUCUCUCUCUAUAUACAUGAGAUUCUGGAGAGAGAGAUGGGGAAAUACAUGAAGAAGACGAAGGGCACAGGAGAGGUCGCGGUGAUGGAGGUGUCGCAGGGAUACCUCGGAGUGCGAACGAGGGCUAGAACCCUCGCCCUCGAGAGGGCCGCCGCCGGGCUCCAGAAGGCCGCUUCCUACCUCCAGCUGCGCAGCCGGCGACUCGUGAAGCCGCCCUUCCUCUCUUCCCCGCAGCAACCGCACGCUGAGCAGCCCAAACCCCACUCCUCCGACCACCCCAAGCGCGCCCACCAGCAGGAACGUGCUUCCAGCCAGACCGAUUCUGCCGGCUGCGGCGCUUCCAAUAAGUCGAACGCGAAGCUCGCCGGCACAGCCAAUUCCGCCAGGUCCCGUUCGGUUUCCGUGUCGCCUGGCAGGUCCAAGCCGAAGCCGUCGGAGAACGAAGCUGCCACCAUGGCCGCUUCGGCGACCUCGUCGGGCACCGAGCAUGCCUCCGAGAGCGAGACCGCUGUCGAGGCGUCGUUUGGGGAGAAUGUCAUCGAGGGCGACGCUAGGGAAAGCUCAAGGAGCGUGAGAGAGACGACACCUUGCAGUUUGAUGAGGAACUCAGAGAGUCUCGAAGCGCCCGGUUCUACAACUAAGCCGACUAACCAGUCUGAGAGCAACCGGAGAAUACGCAACGGGCCGCGCCGGAGCAUCCCCACUGCUCGUGAAAUGGAAGAAUUUUUUUCUGAUGCAGAGCAGCAGGAGCAGCAAAGAUUUAUUGAGAAGUACAAUUAUGAUCCGGUGAACGAUUUGCCUCUUCCGGGAAGGUACGAGUGGAUACGAUUAAUUCCGUAGGAGGUGGUGGUGACGGGUCGGGCAUAUAGAGUAUCUACCAUUAUUCUCUUUUCCAGGGGUUCUCAAGAGUGGGGUAGGAGAUAUGCUGAACUCCGACUUCCCCCUUGUAAAGAAGAGUCUAGCAAUAUAGAUGUUUUUAUGAAUGAUCUGCUGUAAUAUACGGGUCUGAGUUACACAACAGCAUGUAGUUCGAUUCCAAUCUUUAACAGAUCAUUUGAGUCAA